AUGGUGUGGAAGUUGCAAACGCUGCCAAAGAUUAGAAUUUUUUGUUGGCGUAUUGGGCAUGAUAUUCUCCUUACAUAUGAAAAAAUCUCCAAUAUCAGGAGGGAUUUCAACAGUGACUGUCUAAGGUGUGGAAGGGACAAAGAGACCCUUAUCCACGCGUUGAAAGAUUACCUUAGGGCCCGGGCGGUGCUGAUGCAUGGAGGUCUGAACAGUAAACUACUGGAUGGCAGCCAUUGUCGGGGUGUGGACUGGAUCAAAAAGGUGGCCCGUUCGCUAGAUCUUAAGGCUCUCUCAGACUUUAUUACGGUUCUUUGGAAUAUUUGGAACAACAGGAAGAACAAAGUUUUUUGGAAUAUGGAGGAGGACGCCAAAGUGACGUGGGAGAAGGCUGCUGCGUUAAGCCAGGACUUCCGCAUAUUUAAUUUGUUGCAUGAGCCGUCUCUGCCUAAGCCUGCUGUGAAUAAAGGGUGGCGGAAGCCGAACCAAGGGAUGGUAAAAAUUAACUUUGACGCUGUUGUUAAAGAUCGAAAGACUAGCUUUGGAAUUAUAGCUAGGGACCAUGAUGGCUUUGUCCUGGGGAGGCGCCCUGGGGUGUUGAAUAGGAACUACAAUGCGGAAUGGGCGGAGUUAUACGCGUUGGAGGAGAGCAUAAAAUUGGCUCGGGAUAAUACUUGGGUCCGGUUUGAAUUUGAGUCUGAUUGUGCCAGCCUGUACAUAUGUCCUUCUCUCAGGAUUCUUCUAUCCUUGUUCGUACAAGAUAGUUACACUGGACUGGACAGCUCACUCAUGGUUGGCUCUUAUCAGAUAGCUGUCAACUGUGGCGACAAUUCUGAAUGCCAUCUGGAAUUAACUUAUGCAGCGACAUUGCGGAUAUCUGUCAACUGUGGCGACAAUUCCAGACGCAAUCUGUAA